AUGGCCUCAAAGACAAUGCAUUUCUAUGCAUAUGGGCUCCAGAAGGAUACCACAGUCAUGAUGGUGUUCGAGCCCCCCAGCAAAGCAAAGUUGUUCAAGGACCAGUUCCCAGUUGUCAUCACUUUCCGCGCCAAAGGCCAUGCGAAAGCAUCGAUUCACUAUGGGUCCCGGCUGGCUUUUGGUUAUUCCCAGACUGACCAAGACAACCUCGUUGAUUCCGGUGCCUGGGUGGAAGUCAAGAGUGGAGAUAUCAGCAGAAUCCAGGGUGAACCUGGCCAAAAGCGCUUUGGAGAAGUGACCAAGGCCAGCGGAACUAAGCUCCUUGUUUGCAAGAACAAUACCGAUGCUCGCGCCAACAUCAGCAUUGGAUUUGUACGAGGGGAUGGGUAUAGCCAACGCUAUGAGCCUACACUUAUAUGGACCGGAGUUGGUUCCGGAUCUAACGUUACGGCUCAAUUUACUCCAAACUUGACCGCUUAUGUGACUCGUGACUACAAGGCUACUGAAAUGUUGCGUGGUGAAGUCGAGACUGACGCAAUUUGGACCUGCAACCUCAAUGAGCUGGACGACGUAACGGGGUGGAAUUUUGUCGAGGAUGAUGCGAGCGGUGAAUUUAGGAUCGAGCGUUCUAUUCAAGUGUAG